AUGGUCGUCCCAGAGAGGACUCCUAUCGUUGGUGCAGAUGAUUCCUCCAUUCCAAUCGGAUCAUCACCAUCCUAUGGAUAUUCUGGCGCGCGCCGAAAUCCCUUCGACUUUACUCGUCGCCGUACUGUUUCUUUCCGCAACCCUUGCCUACUGUUUCUUGUGCUUCUCUUUAUACUCCGACUCUUUUUUGCUGUUUUCACCACUCCAGACUAUGGCGUUGGAUUUCUCUUUGUUCUCAUCUCUCUUCUCCCCGCAGCCGUCGUCGGUUGGUUCAUUUUGUCUCGCUUCCGAGACGAAAUUGUUGGCAGGCCUUUCUUGUUCCUACAAUUUCUUAUCGGAGCCAUCCCGCUUAUCUUGUUCAUUAUCCCACUUGAAUUGAUAACCACAGCUGCCGCUUUGAUCCCCAUCGUAUUUGCCAUUCGUGGUGAUUUAGAGGAGGAUUUGCCAAAAAUAAUUGAGGCUGCCGAAGGAGGAAACUCUAAAGCCGUGCAACAGUUAAUUCAACAGCUUGCACAAUCGAUUCCGCUUUGGGCGAUUAUUCUCUCCCUGGUGUUAAUCGCCUAUGUAACAGCUGGCACAGUUGAAGAAGUUGGGAAAUGGCUGGUUGCUCGCCGGUACAUCGGUCUUGAAUGUAUAUGUGGUCAGGACGAAAGGAAAGUCGGUUGUCGUGGCAUCAUGGCUUCUGCUUGUAUGGCGGCUCUCGGUUUCGCCACAAUCGAGAAUAUUGGAUACGUGUCGGGAAUGGCAAGAGCGGCCUCACAAAACAGUAGCGCAGAACUGCUCUUUGUUUUUCUUGGUCUCUUCCGAGGUCUUCUUGCUUUCCCAGUUCACGUCGGAACCCAGUUAUACGUCGCGAUCACAGCAUCACAGAGGCACAUCUUCAUGGACGACGUCAGCGUGCCGUGGGCCCUUUUUCAUGCAAUACUCUUUCAUGGCACGUUCGAUGUCCUUGCGUUUUUAUCAGGAGCCCUUGUCACUCUGAGAUUGUGGCCUGCUUGGAUAGGCCUGUUGGUACCAGUAAUUGACAUUAUCAUGGUUGUUCUGCUCCUCCUUGUGUGUAGGGCACGGUAUAAGGCCUUGCUGGAACGCGAGAGAAUGGCUAUGUCAGAGCCUGUGUAAAUACAAGGAUACAUUCACUUCUUUAAACCGCGUUGCUCAUCAUUUGCCUUGGUAUUGAUUUUCAACCUAUCAUGGGCACGUACGACCCGGGUCGAAUAGCAGCCAAGCGAUGUGAAUGGCUACCUGCUUCUUGUACCAGACAGGUAAGUGGCAACGAUCUCCAUUUUUGGCGCAGAUCUGCGAAAAGCUGCUGCUGUUGUAAGGAAAUUGGCAGAACAGCGUUACUUAUGCCUAGUUUGAUUCACAGUUAGGGUCGGGAAUUUACUUUAGGCAGGAGCAAGUAUCGCUUCUGUUGGCCGCGAUGAUUGCAAAGCUGCAACUUUGGACACGAGAUUAGGGGAAAGAAUAACUUGUAGGCAGCAACUGUCCGCUGCAAGCGAAAAAGCUGGCUGUGUAUAUGAUACCCAAGAGGCCCUCCCGUCAUAUGCUGCGAGCAGUAGGAGCCACAUACGGAAUGUCCAUGAGGAAGAAGAUUUCGCGUUCAUUCCGAACGCGAAUUGGAGGUUCCUUUGAGUUACCAGGAUAUAAACGAAGAAACCGAUGGAUUAGUUGCGAUUUCGCA